AUGUUCGGCAUGCUCAAGAACUCGCUGUUCGGAAACACCGAGGAGACGGAAUAUAAGAUGCUCAGCAGUGAAACGAAGGAUGGAGUUAGCUUUGAGGUGCGGCGGUACGAUGGGGCCAAAUACGCUGUGGUCGCGUCUGAGGGACGAUCCUUUGACCAAGUGACGGGGGAGCUGGUGAGGAAGCUGCUCAUGUACAUCGGCGGGAGCAACGAACAAGGUGAGGCCAUUGGUACAGCAGCCCCCAUCAUCAUCACGGUGUACCCACGGAAUGACGGAGUUCUGUCUCGCCGCUUGGUGGUUGCCAUCCGCAUCCCGUCCAGCUACCAAAUAAGCCCCCCGACUCCCACAGACAGUGCCAUCAGGAUCGAGGAUCGGCCCGGCAUGACAGUCUACACUCUGCAGUUUGGAGGCUUUGCGGGGGAGACUGAGUACCGAGCAGAGGCCUUGCGUUUGACACGCACGCUGGGCGAGACGGCCCCCUUUCAGCGCAAGCAGUACUUCUGCUGCAGUUACGACCCACCGCUCAAGCCUUACGGACGCCGCAAUGAGGUGUGGUUUCUACAGGAAGAGCCGUAG